AUUCGUCCGUCGUCGUCGUUAUCGUUACUCUCCUCCGUUCUUGCCUUUUCGCCUCAAAUAAUCGCCACGGGUCGCCGUACCCCAUCAUCAAACUCAAAAUAUCGAACGUCGCGACGACGACGGCGGCGAGUCCCCAAGUCACCAAUAGUCACAGCCACAGUUCCGACCAUUAUUUGACAUUAAAAGUGUGACCAAACCCGAAUGGAAGAGACUUCUCUUUUUUUUUUUUUCGGAGUAACAAAAUCGACUCGAGUUAGUUCAAACGUUUUCAAUUGAAAUUGUGUAUGUGUGACUUUGACAGAGUGAAGUGAGUCGCUCUCACGCCUGAUAUUAAUGUGUGUGUAUAUAUCGUGGAGACGAGAGGAUACGAAUUGCGGAGAAAUACUCAGAGCUGCUCAGAAAAUACGGACGUGAAUAACUAAACUAUAGGGAAUAAAUAGUAAAGAAAAAAAAAAUACAGCUGUAUUGUGACGUCGCUGUGUCCCAUUAACAACUCUCUGGUGUUGCGUGUGAGUGUAUGUGUGUGUGUGGCUUUGUGUGGGUGUGAUUAGUGAGUGUUUCAAUGUGUGCUGGCGUGUUCCCUCUGCGAUACGGACACGGGAGCCCACUUAAAUGCCUGAGAGACACUCUUACUCCAUGUUGUGCAUCGGUUGCAACACGAUUGCGUGCUGGAAAAUAAACCCGUGGUGACAGCCAGUCGUGGAGGUAGGAUUGGCAGAAGGGCCGGGACAAGCCUUAACAAACUACUGUGAAUCGAGGUGACUGCGACUUCCCACUGUUUUUUUUUUUCAUGUGAGGCAGUGCUGUACCUAAAAUAUUCCGCAUAAAAUAAUCGAAAAUAUCAAGUUAAAUAUUUCCAAAACGGAGAAACAAAACAAAAAGACUCAAUUUUUAAGUAAAUAUUGAGAGUUACAAGAAACAAUAAUUAUGGAGCGUGAGUCAAACCCUAUGCAAGCCCUGUGCCGUAGUGGCUGUGGAUUCUAUGGCUCACCGGCCACCGAUGGCCUCUGCUCUCUUUGCUACAAGGAAAAUCUCAAAAAGAAACAACAACCCCCAGUGUCGGCUGCCACCGUUUCAGCCUCACAGACCGUCUCUGGUAACGCUGGUACGUUGCACAGCGGUUUCAGUAGUCCAGCAUCAACGGGUACAGCCCAGCCUACCAUUCCCACCAUACCACAACCAACGACAGAUCUGGUAGGCCCCAAAGAGGUAAAUAGGGACGAUCAGGAUAGUGAAGUUGGAGUAAGUGGGGCAGCCGAGGGUUCGGUCAGUAGUGGUGACACCGAUGAUUGCUUUGACGGCAAAGAGACUGACAAAGAUCCAAAAAAGAAGAAAAAUCGUUGUGCACUUUGUCGCAAGAAAGUAGGCUUAACUGGAUUUGAGUGCCGUUGUGGUGGGCUCUUCUGCUCCGUGCAUCGAUACAGUGACAAGCACGACUGCAAGUUUGAUUACAGAGAAAUGGGCGCCGAAGAGAUACGGCGCAAUAAUCCAGUUGUUGUUGGUGAAAAAGUGCAAAAAAUUUGAACUAUUUUAGUGUGUAGUCGUUGGGAAAAAUGGUUAUAUAACUAUAUAAACAAAAAAAAAUUACGAAAAAAAUGGCAAAAAAAAAUUCAAAAACAUAUUAAAAAAAUGGAAAAAACAUCGGAGAUGAAAGAAAACAAGUAACAAUAACGAGAUAAAUUGUCUGGCAGCUGAUUGCACAUCGAGGAAUGGAGAAUGCGAGAGAAUCUAGUAAAAAUAUGUGAAUAAUUGAUAAUAUGGGUGAAUGCCUGCGUGUAUUUGUGGAUGAAUGGGACAAAAAUGUCACAGACAAAAUGGGUAAUGGAAAAACGUGAAAUUUUUUUUUUUUUUGACACCAGCGAGAGUAAUAAAAAUUGAAAUUCAAACAGAUAAAUAACGAGAGGAAAAAAAUUAUAAGAAAUUCAAUGUGUGCGAGUGUGAUGAUCAAACACGAGUGUCAGUGCCAUGUCAGAUUGUCAUCCUAGUGAGAGUUUCAACAGCCAAGAUGAGAGAAAAACAAAAUAUGAAAAAAAUAAUAAUAUCUGGUUACUAACUGCUGUCAACAUACUACUAUUACCUACUAUUAUCACUAUGAUUAUUACGGUUUAUUAUUCUUAUUAUAUUACGUUUAUUAAUUUACUUAAAUCUGCAAAAUUCGCUGGAUAAAAACCGAUUUAAAAAAUCUAUGAGAUAUUAAUGGCAAGAAAAAUUAUGAAUAAAUUUAUAUUUAAGUAGACGCGAAAUUCCUGGUGCAGUCAGUCAGUCGGAGAUUAAUCUUGUUUGGAAUAAGUGAAUUGAUUGAGGGCGGGGGGAGCAAGCGGUUGGCUAAAAAUGUGACAAUUAAUUUUUCAUUCAGCCAAGAGAGCAAGAGGAGGGAGGGUUUGAUGCCUCCAACAACGGGCGAAAGAAAAUUAUGUUUUUUUUCUUAAAUAUUAUUAUUUUUCUUUUUAUCAAUAAUUAUCUUUUUUUCUUUUUUGUUUCUAUAUAUAUUGAGAAAAGGGAGUGUUGUUUAGGCGAUGACUGACGUUGAUGGGUGAUCACAACUUCUAGGUUUAAUGAGUAGUCUAAUAAUUAUUAAGUAUAUUAGCCGAUUGAUUCAUAAAAAUAAUGCAAUGAAGUAUAAAGUA